AGCGGAAACAAGUCGGUCGGCGUGACUGACUACGGACUACUCACAAUGAAUCCUCUCACCAAAGUGAAGCUGAUCAAUGAACUGAAUGAAAGAGAAGCUGAUUUAGGAAUCAAAGAGGCUGUGUCCUGGCAUUCGGUGUAUAAGGACAGCGCCUGGAUCUUUAUCGGUGGAUUCCCAUACGAGCUGACAGAAGGAGACAUCAUCUGUGUAUUCUCUCAGUAUGGGGAGAUUGCCAACAUCAACCUAGUCCGAGAUAAGAAGACGGGCAAAUCCAAAGGAUUUUGCUUCCUGUGCUAUGAAGAUCAAAGGAGCACCAUUCUGGCUGUGGAUAACUUCAAUGGAAUCAAGAUAAAAGGCCGGACCAUACGUGUAGACCACGUUAAAAAUUAUCGACCACCUAAAGACACAGAUGACAUUGAUGAUAUCACAAAACAAUUGAGAGAGGAGGGCUGCGCUCCUAAAGUACCUCUACCACCUUCUUCUGAGUCCGAGUCUGAGGAAGAACACGCCGUACCUGUGAAAAAGCCCAAAAAAGAUAAAAAAGAAAAGAAGAAGAAAAAGAAGGAGAAGAAAGAGAAGAAAAAGGCACUUAAGGAGGAGAGACACGAACCACGCACUGAAACAUCUUCACCUCCCAGAGUUAAGAAGGAGAGGGAGGAUUCGGCGUAUGAGAAGUACGUCGUAAGAGGCCCGAAUGAGCAUAGGAGGGACAGACCCGGACAAGACAGAUCGACGGAGGUGGAGAGAUUCAGAGAGAGACAAGGUGAUGACAGGAGAAGUGAAAGAGACAGACAGACGGGUGAGAGAGACUGGGACAGACAGAUGAGCGAGAGAGACUGGGGUAGACAGACGGACAGAAACAGAGAGGGGAAAAGACAUGAAGACACACAACAGCGCGACAACAGGGAUCGAGGAAGAGGCAGUGAUAGAGAGAGAGAACGAUAUGGAGAUAGGGAGAAAGAGCGAGACAGGGAAAGAGAGAGAGACAGGGAUAGAGACAGAGGGUUUGCCAAACAGAGAUCAUAGUUGGGAAAAAGAGAAAAGACUAAACUAAAAAGAUUUUUUGCACCCUCGGGUUUAUUGGAGAUUACUGUUUUUAUGUACUUGUAAAUAAAUGUUAAUUGUGUUUUUAUAA